AUGGCCAGCCCGGCCCGGAUCAGGCCCGGCCCCCACGACCGCCGGAGCUCCACGCGCCCGCCUAGCAGCCACGCCCGCCGCCACGCCCGCCUAGCAGCCACGCCCGCCGCCGCGCCCUCCGCGCCCGCCGCCCUGAGCCACGCCCGCACACCGGCGAAGCUCCUCCGCCCGCCGCCGCGCCCGCCGCCUGAGCCGCGCCCGGGCGAGCUCCUUCUCGCCAGGGACGCGGGAGGGGAAGAAAGCGCCCCGCCGCCACCAUCCUCGGGGAGCGCGCGGCUUUGCCGGCCCCCCUCCGGUGGCGGCGAGGCAGGGAAGGGAGGAGUCUCCCCCGCCCCUUGCAAUUGGUUUCACUGGAUAGACCAGGAGCAGCCGGAUUGGGCGCGCCGUGAGGUGGAGGAAAAACAGAGGCGUGCAUGGAUAAGGUUCCAUGAGGAGGAGCGUUUCGAAAAGGCUAUUGCUAAUGAUAAAGCAGAAAGAGAGAGACAGAUACAAAAAUUAAGGGCAGAGCAAGCUCGAAAUCGCGAGGUAAAUCAGAAGCGGAUGGAUGAUGAGGCUGCACGUAGGUAUGCGGAGAAAGAGGUGCGCAGGGAGGCCCGUGAAGCGGAAAGGAAGAGAUUAAGAGAAAGGGCUGCUGAGGCGCAGGCAGCAGAAGAGCCCGGCGACAAGACUGAAAAAUGGCCACGCUGGACGCAUGGCAAAUAG